UGCAUUGUUUGCCGAGAAUACAUAAAUAAGUGGUCAUAAAUUUACUGACGCUUACUACAUUUACUUCAACUUUAGUGAAUAAUUUAAAGUACGCAUGCGUCAAUUUUUACACCUUUUACUGUAAAUGCUUCUCGAAAAUAGGUGGUAAAACGACAGUAAACAAAACAGCUGAUCAGUUUAAAAUGGAGUUAACCUUAAUUGAUGCUGAUACUAAUAAAGAAUUUAAGUUGUUCCUGAAUGAAGAGGAUUACAAUAAGGCCGUUAAUGAUGUCACAUUUGCAACAGUACUUUUACAACAUGCAAUAAUUAACAGUAAAGCCUCUUCUACUGUUCCCGGGAAUAAGAAUCCAACACGCCAAUCAUUGGAUACUGAUACUGAAACAUUAGGAAUUAACUGUUCACAGGAAUUACCGAAUGACAGUGAAGACGUACUGUUGUCCCCAUCAAGUGACAAUCUACUGUUGUCCCCAGCCAGUAACAAUCCGUUGUCCCCAUCAAGUGACAAUCUAUCGAUACCGAUUAAUGAAAAUGAUUCGGAAAAUACAGAAGAUAUUUCUGGCCGUUGGUCACACGAGGGAAUAUUAUUAUUGCUGGAUGUAUAUCAUACAAAAUCAGAUUUGUUGGUAAAGGGUAAAAUAAAACAGAAACUGUUUUGGGAGCAGAUUGCUUCUUUAAUUAAUAAAAAGGGAUAUAAUGUAACAGCAAAGCAGUGCCAAACAAAACUUGCUACCCUUAAGCGACAAUACAAAAAAAUUAAGGACUACAAUAACACUUCAGGCAACGAUAGAAAGGAGUGGAUUUACACAGAAAAAAUGGAUGAACUAUUUGGCAAUAAACCGUGGGUUGAACCUGUAGCAACAGCAUCCUCUUCUCAAAACCCAGAACCAUCACUUAACUUGCCUGCGACGAUGCCUUCUACACCGACAAGACCUAGUCUAUCAAACACACCCCAAAAGACCAACUCAAAAAAAGUAGUCGACAUUCUUACGAAAAUUCGAGAGGACCGGGAAAGACACCACAGUGAAAGAAUGGCCAAAAGCUCGGAAGCAAUUGCUUUAUUAAAACUCUUGGUCGAACAAAUUGCAAAAUAAAAAUGAAAAAUUUGUAGAUAUUU